AUGUCAAACGACGACGAUAAAGUUGGUACCAACGAUGCAUCGGUACCGACUUUCACCAAAACGUCGUCGUCGAGGACGAUGAUAAACGGCGUGGAAAUAAUCGCGAAUCAUCAUCGAACGAGCUCCAACGCACAGUCUCACUCGCUUCCGACGACAAGCACGGCGACGACGACGACGACGAGCGCGUUGACACGAACAUUGAGUGCUUUCGCACGCGCGUUGUCGUUCACCGCAAAGAGCGAGAGCGCGGAGACAGCGACGGUAGAGCGAGGCGAUGACGCGCGAGCGAACGGGACGGAGCGCGCGACUUCAACGUCGGCUGCUAUGGAUGACUCGCCGGACGUGCGAACGCCAACGAUGCGGGAUGAUUUCGAAGAAGAUGAUAUCGGGGACGAGUACACACCCGAUGAUCAGUCUUCAGGGUCGUGGUUCAAUCCCGAACAGUUCACGGCGGAGAAGCGCAGAUGGUUACGGGACCAGCGCGCGAUGAGUUUCGACGACUCGGACGCAGCAGGAACUCCGAGUGGCUCGGGUCGAGUGACACCGGCGAGGAAGAGUGGUCCGUUGAAAAUGAUGGAGGCAUUUCUGGUGUGUGGACUCGAGCCCGACGCGGAGGUCGGGGUGGUGGCCGAUUCCCCGGCAGCGGCGCGCGAGGCGCGCAUGAAUACGCUGACGGCUUCAAGCGACUCGCCGAUGCGAAUUACGGAUCCUCGAAAGCUUCGUGCCUAUCGUGGUACCGCUGGGGAGACGUACAAGGCAUCGACAUUGCUCCAUUAUCCAAGCGACGGCGAAGAGACGCCGAAGUUCGCGGUUGAUGAGGUGGCGGCGUUUUGUUUUCCACACGGCGUCGAGCCGCGCUUGCUCGAGCGCACGCCGAGCAUGAGCAAGUUGCAAGAGAUGAUAUACGGGAGCACAUUCGACGACGGCGACGAGCAAGUAUUUGUUUUCCAAGUGCAGACGAGUGAUAACACGCCCAUGUACGGCGUGUGCGCGUACGUUACGGAGGUAUUGCACCAAGCGCCGCCCAUAGUGCAACACGCCAGACGCUCGACGGAAUCCUCGAGCGCAGCUGACGAGUCCCCAUCGGACUCGACGCCGAUGAAGAGCCCUGGUGGAUUGCUGAAGAGUCGAUACAUUCAGGUCGCCCCACGGUGCUACUGCAUCCUGAGCCGAGUACCGUUCUUCCGAACACACUUUGAAGUUUUGUCGCAUGUGUUGGGCAUGGAACGCGUCGAGCGCAUCAGGCAAAACAUGAAUGAUUUACUUCCUGACGACGGUAGCUCCGACGACGCGGCGUUACAAUCGUCGCUCAUCUCGAGCGAAAGCGAGUCGAUGAUCGCGCUGCGGAAUUAUCUCAGGACGAGCGUCCCGCCACUGGGAGAGGAGGGUGGCGAGUUUGUACCAAGCGAGGGCGUGAAAUCGAUUCAGUACGGGCGCCCAAAGCCGUCCGAGCGCAUCGCCUCACCGGUGCAGGGUCCAAUGACGUGUACCACUUGCGUGUCGGCGGAAGAAGAGGCAUCGCACCUGGAAGAUUGGGCCGUCAUCAGUCUGUGCUGUAGCUUGAGCCUCGAGAAUAUCCUCUCACUCCUCACCGCCGCUUUGCUCGAGAAGCAAAUCGUCGUUUUCAGCAACAAUUUGGGCGAGCUGAGCGCGGUUUCGCUCGCACUCAUACCCAUGCUUCGCCCUUUCAAGUGGCAAUCUCUGUACCUGCCGAUUCUUCCCCAGCACAUGGUUGAUUUUCUGGACGCCCCUGUACCGUUCGUAUGCGGAGUGCAGCACAAGACGAGUGAUUUGCGCGCGCGAACGAGCCAUCUGUGCCGAAUCAACGUGUACAAGGACGAUGUGAAGCUUCAGUGGGAGGGAGGAAAAUCUCUUCGUCUGCCGAGAAUGAACGAUGUCGUGCGUAUUCUCUAUCCGCUCCACCAGGCUGUGGUGGAGGCGUCUGCGAAUCGGAAGAAACGUCCAGUCAUCGAUCCCUCACAAGCGGCAGUGGAGGCGUCGAAAGAGUUUCUCGGAGCCUGGCGCGCGUACGUCAAUUCGCUCGUGUCGAGCAUUCGAUACCACUCCAUCACCGACGUGAACGAGGGCGGCGACGCAAAGGUGGCCAUUUUGCUCAAGGAAUCCUUUUUGGGCACGUACACAGGACGCGAUCGCUCGUUCAUGCGCGCGUUUGUCGAGACGCAAAUGUUUUCUGCGUACUGCGACGAACGCUUAGCGAAUUAG